AUGAAAGGAUGGAAGGAAGUUGUCCAUGAGAAAGGUUUGGAGGGAGUGGUAAAUACGAAAGGUUGGAAUGGAGCGGUCUAUGAGAAAGGUUUGGAGGAAGUGGUAAAUAUUAAAGGAUGGAAGGAAGUUGUCCAUGAGAAAGGUUUGGAGGGAGUGGUAAAUAUGAAAGGAUGGAAGGAAGUUGUCUUUGAGAAAGGUUUGGAGGGAGUGGUAAAUAUGAAAGGUUGGAAUGGAGCGGUCUAUGAGAAAGGUUUGGAGGGAGUGGUAAAUAUGAAAGGAUGGAAGGAAGUUGUCCAUGAGAAAGGUUUGGAGGGAGUGGUAAAUAUGAAAGGAUGGAAGGAAGUUGUCCAUGAGAAAGGUUUGGAGGGAGUGGUAAAUAUGAAAGGUUGGAAGGAAGUUGUCCAUGAGAAAGGUUUGGAGGGAGUGGUAAAUAUGAAAGGAUGGAAGGAAUUUGUCUAUGAGAAAGGUUUGGAGGGAGUGGUAAAUAUGAAAGGUUGGAAUGGAGUUGUCAAUGAGAAAGGUUUGGAGGUAGUGGUAAAUAUGAAAGGUUGGAAUGGAGCGGUCUAUGAGAAAGGUUUGGAGGAAAUGGUAAAUAUGAAAGGUUGGAAUGGAGUUGUCUACCAGAAAGGUUUAAAGGGAGUGGUAAAUAUGCAACGUUUGAAUGAAGUUGUCCAUGAGAUUGAUUUGGAGGGAGUGGUAAAUAUGAAAGGUUUGAAUGAAGUUGUCUAUAAUGAGAAAGGUUUGGAGGGAGUGGUAAAUAUGAAAGGUUGGAAUGGAGUGGUCCAUGAGAAAGGUUUGGAGGGAGUGGUAAAUAUGCAAGGUUUGAAUGAAGUUGUCUAUAAUGAGAAAGGUUUGUAG